GGAACUGGAUCAGAAGUAAAGCAGCCAGGACUCAAACCAGCGCCCAUAUGGGAUGCUGGUGCUGCAGGCCAGGGCUUUAACCCACUGCACCACAGCGCCAGCCCCAUGUAAUGAACUUCUUAUUCCUGCCAAAUUCCAAGGAAAGAUGGCACCAGCCAAGACAGAGUUCCGAUCCCUGAUGCUGCUCCUGCUGCUGGGGCUGUGGGUGGCCGAGUACCCAGUCACUGCCAAGCCCAAGGACAUGACCUCGGCUCAGUGGUUUGAAACUCAGCACGUGCAGCCCACCCCUCAAUCAUGCAACUCAGCGAUGAGCCGCAUCAACCAGUACACAAAACAAUGCAAAAACCUCAACACCUUCCUGCACGAGCCCUUCACCAGCGUGAUCCCGACCUGCGACACCCCCAACGUAGCCUGCAAGAACGGCCGUAACAACUGCCACCAGAGCCCGGGGCCCGUGUCCAUGACCAAUUGUCAGCAUGUGUCAGGGUCGUAUCCAGAUUGCAAGUACAAGCAAACAGAAAAGUAUGCAUCCUUCAUUGUGGCCUGUGACCCUCCACAAGCAAAAGACGACUCAUCAUAUCCACUGCUCCCUGUGCACUUUGACAAAGUUGUGUAAGGCUCGCUGUCCCCAGGCCCCGCAAGCUCUGCGGGCGCUUCACGCUGCUGCCACAUUUCCUUUCCUCUCUUGAGUUCCUCACUAACCCUCACCCCCUUUGCAAAUACCAUUUCCCACCCACAACCCAACCUCACAUGCUCUUGAUUCCUUAGCGGGUUAUGGGUAUCCAAAUGAUGAGGGAAGAAGGACCCUUCUCUUUAGCCCUCUUGUUGCUUUCUUUGCUUUCUCGGUGUGUGGCUGCAUGACCCUUCCGGAGUCAAGCACACAGGAUCUCAGAAGGAUGGAUCCAGGUUUUGUGAGGCCUCUGACUUAUAUAACUCUGGAGACCCUCUUAAAGAAAAAGAACAUAGAACUACAAGUGCAAAAAUAAGUCAGGGCAGUGAUUAGCUCAAAGAAGGGCAGGAGAAUCUUGUGCUGGGCAAAGGAAUGUAUCUGGUUUCGCUGAAAUAAAAG